AUGACGACCUUGAAUGUCUAUUUCCAGAGGAUGCCCGCGAGACUCUCCAGACUGUCAACCGUGAGCCAGCCGGAGCCCUCUUUUCCUCCAUCUAUUUGGUCCAAGUGGCGCGGAAGCCUUUGCGAGGCCCUCCCAUACUUCAAGGCGUAUAAGGGCAGCCUUCACACGAACGGAUUGGUUGCCACCGGCUUUCUCAUGGACAAGCACGCCGACCCACGAGAUGUGUUUGAUGGACAAGUCAUCAUCUCGUCUGUACCUAAUGGAACGGGCACCAUGGUUCGGCUCAGGGAUGCCUCCGACAGCAGUCCGAAUAUUAAGGCCUUUCGGAAUGCGCAAAAGAAUCGGACACUCCUCGCAGUGAUUGCAGAGAAGCGGAAUGGAAUCCGUGUAUUCCGCGUUCGCUACGAAAAGGCAGAUCUCCAGAAGCCGUCAUGCAAGUUGAUAUACACUAUUGGCUGGACCUGUCUGAACCAUGAAUGUGCUUAUUUCUUGAAGCGUCCAGCUAUCAAGACAGAGGACACUAUCAAGAUAGAGGACGAUGACACCAAGAUGAGAAGCGACGAGGACGUGCCUGAGGAUCUGGAGUACAACGAGGCGUUCCUAUUUGGUCUUGCGCCGUGGAUUCGUCUGCCCCGACUGCGGAUGCUGCAACCGCCGGGUGUACUGGAAUUUGACAGGCUCAUGACUAAACGCCGCGAGACUAACCAGGUGAUCGAUGACCAGCUAGCGACUCGUCUCAACAGAACUUGUCUCAAUGACACCCAAACCGUCACCCUCGGGAGCUAUACCGCACGCCAGUACUUCCUUCCAGACCCCAGCGGGAAUAUCAUCGGCUCGUUUACUCUCCUCGUGUCUAACCCGCAGAUCAACUCACAGCCCUUUGGUCCGGAUCACCUGUUCCGGGAAAUUGAGCAAGGAUAUUGGAUUGAAGCGAAACCCAACAAACUUGAGGGCUACACUCGCCAUUUUCAGCAAAACUUUGGUGCUCGAUACAAAUUUGGAGUUGCCGUCCAAUCCAAGGGCUUCGACCAGGCUCCUGAGGUGAUCUUGCGAGCCCUGCAUCGAUUGAUCUGGGCCGGUAGCAGUGCUGUCAAGAAGACGACUGAGUGGAUCGACAAAGGUGGCCACGGCCCUCAUUCCCCACCAUCCGGCAGCAACGACUUCAACGAGCUGCUUGCCCUAGGAUAUAUGGAGGACGACCGCAUCAGCUACCACGACGACGGCGAGAGCGAGCUGGGGCCCACAGUUGCCGCCCUGUCCUUAGGCUCGCCGUCCAUCAUGAAGUUCCGGCCCAAGGUGAAGAUCGACUUUGGCAAGCACUUGCCUAAGAACUUGAAGGGUCUCUACAGGGACGUCCUGGAGGCUCCCAUGAAGCAUGGAGAUAUCAUGGUGAUGCAUGGCCAGGCCAUCCACAAGCUCUACGAGCACACUGUCGAGCCCAUGGGUGGCCGGCGCUUCUCACUCACCUGUCGCUACAUUGAUCCCGACAAGAUGCAGAGCCAGAGUGACAAGGAUGAUGCCGCCGUCAAAGGCGCCAUCCCCGCCGCGUCCUUUGCCUUCAAGUAUGACGGGAACUAG